CCUGACCUCAGAAGGACACAGGAGGCUUAGGCACAGCCCAGGGUUUCUACUUGAAAACAGAAUCUUGAGGAUGGAAAGAUGGCCAAGAGUUAAGAGCGUGCACUGCUCUUCCAGAGGCCUGAAGUUCAGGCUGGUGUGAUGCGUGUGGUCGUGAUUGGAGCGGGAGUCAUUGGACUGUCCACAGCGCUCUGCAUUCACGAGCGUUUCCACCCAGCGCAGCCACUGCACUUGAAGGUCUACGCAGACCGCUUCACACCGUUCACCACCAGCGACGUGGCUGCGGGCUUAUGGCAGCCCUAUCUCUCGGACUCCAGCAACCCACAGGAAGCGGAGUGGGGUCAGCAAACCUUCGACUACCUGCUGAGCCACAUCCAUUCUCAAGAUGCUGAAAAAAUGGGCUUGUCCCUAAUCUCAGGCUACAAUCUCUUCCAACACGAAGUUCCGGACCCUUCCUGGAGAAACACAGUUCUGGGAUUUCGGAGGCUGACCCCCAGAGAGAUGGACAUAUUCCCUGAGUACAGCUAUGGCUGGUUCAACACAAGCCUGUCUUUGGAGGGGAAGAGGUACCUGCCGUGGCUGACUGAGAGGUUGACGGAGAGGGGCGUGAAGCUCUUUCAUCGGAAGGUGGAGUCUUUUGAAGAGGUGGCAAGAGGAGGUGCGGACGUGAUCAUCAACUGUACCGGGGUGUGGGCCGGGGCGCUGCAAACAGACACCUUGCUGCAGCCAGGCCGGGGCCAGAUCAUUCAGGUGGAGGCCCCGUGGAUGAAGCACUUCAUCCUCACCCACGACUCAAGCCUUGGCAUCUACAACUCCCCGUACAUCAUCCCAGGGUCCAAGACGGUUACUCUCGGAGGUGUCUUCCAGCUGGGGAACUGGAAUGAAUUAAACAGUGUCCAUGACCACAACAGCAUUUGGAGAAGAUGCUGUCAACUGGAGCCCACCCUGAAGAGAGCAGGUGUACUUGAUGCCUGUAAGAUCAUGGCGAGGCUGACAAGAUCAGUGGGAGGCAGUGCUGGGUUGGCGGCGACAACUGUCGUGGUGGGGAUGGUGACAUGGCGAGAAUCAUUGGUAACACCAGGACAAUGGCUGCUGGCGAUUGUGAAUGCAAGAAUUGUUGGUGAACUCACUGGUUUUCGACCAGUCCGGCCUCAGGUUCGGCUAGAAAGAGAAAAGCUUCAUUUUGGAUCUUCAAGUGCAGAGGUCAUCCACAACUAUGGUCAUGGAGGCUACGGGGUCACAGUUCACUGGGGUUGUGCAAUGGAGGCAGCCAACCUCUUUGGAAAAAUUCUAGAAGAAAAGAAGUUGUCCAGGAUGCCGCCAUCCCACCUCUGACGACUCAAGUGACCAUCACUUGCUCCAUGAGGACACCCCAGCGCCUUAUAGCCAAUUAAUUGAUAUUUUCUUUGGUGAUCGUUUUCACUCCCACUCCCCAGCUUCCUUAGGCAAAGGUGUGAGAUGGAGAAAUCCUGGUCCUCCCCACGCAUCCCAUCUGGUAAAGCAUCUGCAGGAUGCUGGCUGGCCCUAAACCAGUUUGCGAGAGAGAGGCGGGGGAGAGGGGGGUCGAGAUCAUGGAGCAAUGCCAUUCUCACAACACAACGACUGAGUUCAGGCUGGGUGUACUGGGUGGCAGGGUCUGGGCUCAUCGGCUAAGGAGUGGUCCAGACACCUUUGCUUAGACCUCAGGAAUGGUUCACAGCACACUUGAUGUCUACCACAGUAAGGAGAGGAGGGGGACUCCCGCCCUUGCUACUCUGCUGAUCAACAUUAUUAAAACAC